GACCGAUCAACGACUAUUGUUAUAAACCCUUCGUCGCCGGUCUGCGCUUCGCCGUUUCGAUCGAAGAACUAACGACCUAUGAUUCUCCGAUUCGUCCCUUCCGGCUGGAUAAUUCUAUAAUCAAGUGAACCAGAAAGGAUUUUGAAUCUUGGAUUAUCGGAUUCGUUCGAUUGCUACUGAUUUUCUCUCUAGGGCGAAAAAGGGCAGGAUCAGAGGGCGAUUUCGGUGGAUACCUGGGAUGUGAUCGACGAAUUGAGGAGUGUAUGUUCGAAGGAGAAAUGAAUUGAUUGCAUUGUUGGGAGAGAUGAGCGCGAGCUCUGCGUCAGUUCAUCCUGUGGAGGAAACACCGGCGACCGAUGUCGGAGACGUCGCACCGAUUGUGAGUAUGAAGAAUAUAGAGGGCAUGCCCGGCACUCGCGGUGGUCUCGCUCUUCGCUGCUUCCAGUUAGGGUUCGCCGCUGCUGCUUUUGGUGUCAUGGCCGCCUCCAGCGACUUCGCUUCUGUCUCUGCAUUUAGCUACCUUGUCGCAGCUGCCGGUUUGCAGGGCUUAUGGAGUUUUUUCCUAGCAGUUCUUGACAUUUAUGCUCUUUUAGUGAAGCGGAACUUGCAUAAUCGUCCAAUUGUUACUUUUUUUGCUGUAGGUGAUGGGAUCACCACCACGCUCACAUUUGCAGCAGCAUGUGCUUGUGCGGGCAUCACAGUCCUAAUAGACAACGACCUGGACCUUUGUUCGGUGAACAAGUGUGUGCAGCUUCAAUCAGCAACUGCAAUGGCAUUCCUCUGCUGGCUCACCACAUUGCCUUCAUUUUUCUUCAACUUCUGGUCACUUGCAUCAAGAUGAAAGGUAACUCGACCAAACAUCAGUAAAUACCCCUUCCCCUUGCAUUCAUCUUUGUUUGUUCCUUCCUACCGUCAGUUUUGUUGGGAUUCUACACUUCAUUUAUUGAAACCUUUACAUUUUCAAAUACUAUAUAUGAUAUUAGUUUGAUGUUCUUCAUUGUUCAUGAUAUUAUUCUUGGAGGAAUGUAGAAUCCAGUGCUGCUGUCUUAAAAAAGGUGGAUUUUUUUGUUUCUCUUCCUCUGGAUGUCCUGUGCACUAAUUGAAAAUAAGAACGUUUUGUCAUUAUCUCUUGUGUGUAUUAUGGGAAAGAAUCAUUCCCCCGUCGUGAGUUUCAUAAGCGUACAUGUUUCUCAGUCUU